AUGGCUGCCUCCAGGAUUCUUCUGGUCCUACUCUCUAUAGCCCUGUUGGCCCUGACCUCAGCUCAAAGGGUCAAUGAAGAUGAUGAAGCUUCUCAAGAGCAAGAUGCCCUUGAAGCAGAAGACUCCAACCAACAACAUGCUGAUAUACAUUCAGGGCUAAAGAAAAUAAAGACCCAUCUUCAAGAUCAACUAAAUCAGCAUGGUAAGGUGGACAUCAAGUCCAAGAAAGGAAAGAAUGGCCAACGUGGUAAACGAAGCCCUGAUGAUGAUGACAGCUUGGAAGUCCUGGAUCGUCAGAGUGGAAGUCAACAAGGAAAAGGUGGCCAAGGAGGCCGUGGUCACAGUGAGCUUAAAGGCCAGAAUGGAAAAGGUGGCCAGAAAGGCAAGAAAGGAAAAGGUGGCCAGAAAAGCCAGAAAAGCAAAGGAGGCCAGAAAAGCCAGAAAGGAAAAGGUGGCCAGAAAAAAAAGCGAGGAAAAGGUGGCCAGAGAAACGAGCAGGAGGAUGUUCAAGAAGUCUCCCAGGAGUAA